CGUUCACAGGACGGGCGGCUUUCCCAGCGCUGCGUACCCAGCCCGAAGGUUCGCAUGUUAGCUGGUGGAGACGGCAUAGUUCAGGUCGGAUCAGUCCGGUUCUGACCGCAGUGGACCCCCUGGUCCCGGUUCUGGGUCCAGCAUGAACAUGCAGUACGAGGACGACGCCGCGGGCUCGUUCCCCAAGGGCUUCGGCUACGGGCUGGAGGAGCCGGGGCUGGACGGGAGCGGGCCCGGGGACCGGCCCCGGAUCCUGCUGAUGGGGCUGCGGCGCAGCGGCAAGUCCUCCAUCCAGAAGGUUGUUUUCCAUAAAAUGUCCCCCAACGAGACCUUGUUCCUGGAAAGCACCAACAAAAUCUACAAGGAGGACAUCUCCAGCAGCUCCUUCGUCAGCUUCCAGAUCUGGGACUUCCCCGGCCAAGUGGACUUCUUCGACCCCACCUUCGACAGCGAGAUGAUCUUCAAGGGGACCGGCGCUCUGAUCUUUGUCAUCGAUGCCCAGGACGACUACAUGGAGGCUCUGGGGCGGCUGCAUCUGACGGUAUCCAGAGCCUUCAAGGUGAAUCCAGACAUCAACUUCGAGGUGUUCAUCCAUAAAGUUGACGGGUUGUCGGACGACCAUAAGAUCGAGACUCAAAGAGACAUUCACCAGAGGGCCAACGACGACCUGGCGGACGCCGGCCUGGACAAGCUGCACCUCAGCUUCUACCUGACCAGCAUCUACGACCACUCCAUAUUCGAGGCCUUCAGCAAAGUUGUGCAGAAGCUCAUCCCUCAGCUGCCCACGUUGGAGAACCUCCUCAACAUCUUCAUCUCUCACUCUGGCAUCGAGAAGGCCUUCCUGUUCGACGUGGUCAGUAAGAUCUACAUCGCCACGGACAGCUCUCCAGUGGACAUGCAGUCCUACGAACUCUGCUGCGACAUGAUCGACGUCGUCAUAGAUGUCUCCUGCAUUUACGGAGAGCACCGGUUAGCAGCUCCGGGGGCUGACGGGGGGUUUCCUUCCUCUGACAGGCUGAUGGAGGACGCCGGCAGCGCCGCCUACGACCAGGAGUCUUCUGCCAUCAUCAGGCUCAACAACACGACCGUGCUUUACCUGAAGGAGGUCACCAGGUUCCUGGCCCUGGUCUGCAUCCUCCGGGAGGAGAGCUUCGAGAGGAAGGGUUUGAUAGACUACAACUUCCACUGCUUCCGGAAAGCCAUCCAUGAGGUGUUUGAAGUCGGCAGCUUGCCAGACGGCGCCGCGUGGAGGCCGGCCAGUUCCUGCAGCAGCAACCCGGGGGGCCUGAAGUACGCGGCGCUGAACGGAAGUGCCGCCUGAAGCACAACUUCAGAAAUGUAUUUGCUCAUAGACACACUUUGUCCGUCGAUAACCGGAAGCUGCUCCAACCCAGAAGCCCAGUCCGCUCAGACGGGUGGUCUCCGGCACCAGGAGCUGCAGGAACCCGCUUCAGCUACAACCUGCCCCACUUUUACGUACAUGUUGCAGAAUGCCAGUAUGCAGCCCCUUUGAGCCCGAUCCCCGCGAGCUCCACGGAGAGUCAUGUGACCGGGCGCUGCUCCGAUCUCCUGGAUCAGGUUCACCAUCAGAACUCCGGGUCGUCUUCAGACUCAGACUUCAGACGUUUGCAGAUUUUUCUCAGUGGGACAUGAAUGUUGACCCAGAAACCACCAGGACGUGUUUUUAUUGUCACGCGUUAAUCUUAAUAAACGCUGAUUCUUACUUGCUGAGUCAUGUUUGAGAAACUUUAAUGAGAGUUUCACAUGAGAGACGGUGACGU